ACUUCCACAGCCCGUAAUUUUGUUCAAAUUUCAAAGCGAGCUAGGCUUGGUAGGUCGCACGUGUGAACAAUCUUUGGUCUUAAUUAGCAUUAUUGACACGUGUUAUUUCAAAAAUGAAGCCAAAAAACCCUCUCUGCCAAUUAAUUAAAGCGCGCAAGUCGUAUCCGCCGUUCGUUUCAUCGUUUUAAAUUAGCCGCUCUGGCGCCUUCUCCAAUUCCAGUUCCACCUAUAAAGCUUAAUCGAAAGCAUUCAUUUCCCUGACUUUCCGCCAUUAUCCAGAGCGUCCUCUCUCUCUAUCUCUCUCUCUCUCUCUUUCUCUCUCUCUCUCUGUAAAGCUCUGAGAAUCGCGACUGCGGAUUUUCAGGCAAUGGAGGCCGAGGAAGGUCCCACACACCUUUCGCCGUCGCCGACUUUUAGCAUCUAUUCUUCAGGUAGCAGUAGCCUCGCUGAAAUUGCCGCCAGAGCUGUUAGGGAAAUUGGAGAAGAACCGUUUGCAGAUGCUGAUAAUUAUGGCUGGGAGUCCCAGGGUUCGGUUUACCGUUUCCGAGAAAAUAUGUCCAACAGCCAUGCAAGGGAAUCAGCGGAAGGAGUUAGAAGUGAUGACUGUGGUAAAAAUUGCGACGAUGAUGAAUUUAAGUUUGUUGUUCUCUGCAGAGAACCAGACGCAUUUACGAGCCCUGCUCAUGAGAUCUUUUACAAUGGUCAGAUCAUGCCGGUUUAUCCGGUAUUCAAUAUGGACUUACUGCUAGACAACGGCUCACGAGUAGGCACCGUAUUGGAGAACUUGAAGAAGUCGACUGUGCAUCGUUCGCCGUUGAGAAACACGAUGAACGAAGAGGAGUGUAAAACGACGUCGGUUUCCUCGUCUGGAGAGGACGGUCUUGCAGGCGUUCCAUCGGCUACGUACUGCGUCUGGUCUCCUAGCCCUGAGAAAACACCACCUGAAAAGAAACAUAAAAGAAUAGAAUUGUUAAACAGGUGGAAAUUUCGGGAUCUUAUAUACAAUCACAUUCGAAGUAAGAGUGAAGGAGCGGAUGCACUCAUGAUGAGGACGACGAUUAUUAAGAAGGACGAUCGGCCUGGAAAUGAACCGAAGAUGAAGAAAGAUUCAAGAAGAUUAUCAACAUCCUCUAGUAGUCCUAAUUUUGGUAUCACAUCCUUCCCUGCACAGAGCGUUCGUUAUGGAUGGAACAGAACGGUGAAAGAAGCGGAAAAGAGGAGGUCCUACUUAUACAGACAACAUUGGUUGGUAUUGAAUCUAAAAUGCUCAUUAUCUGGUGAGAAUGAAGGAGGUUCCAUCUUCCAAGUAAGUUUCUAUCUAACUUUUGGCUUUUAAAUUUAAUUUUACUUUCACAAGUCAAGUAGCCAUGGUUUGUUCUUGCAUUAUAUUUAAAAUAUACAUCAGUUACAAAAACAACUACUACAUGUUGG